UUUCUAAGCACCUAAAGACGUCGACGUCAGUCAGUCAGGCCAGGCAAUACAGGAGGAGCAUUGCCAAAAAGUCGAAGCCAACAAAUCAGUUGACUUGCAGCAGCAGUCCUUGCCGGCGACACGUGCUCGCACACACAACAACAACAAAAGUACCUUUGUUUUUUGUUUGCAUCUAAAAGUGCGCGCCGCUAAAAAUCGUUCCAAACAAGUGUUUCAAAAAAAAAAAAAAAAAAAAAAUUGUAAAUUUUCACAAAAUGCCUUUCACAUGCGAACAACAAAUGCAAGCUGUGGGCAGCGAGCAGCUCUGCAAAUCGGAGACCAUUAAGCUGCGCAACAAGCACAUCGGGCAAGCCUGUCAACUCUUCUAUCGCUCUGAUCCAUUGAAAAUUGUCCGCGGACAAGGUCAAUACAUGUUCGAUGAAGAGGGCACUCGCUAUUUGGACUGCAUUAAUAAUGUGGCGCAUGUUGGUCACUGCCAUCCGGAGGUGGUGCGUGCUGGUGCUCUUCAAAUGGCCACCAUCUCGACCAAUAAUCGUUUCCUGCACGAUGAGCUGGUGCAGUGUGCCCAGACGUUGACUGCCAAGAUGCCCGCCUCCUUGUCCGUGUGUUUCUUUGUGAACUCCGGCUCGGAAGCGAAUGACUUGGCUUUGCGUUUGGCACGCAACUACACGAAGCGGCGUGAUGUCAUCACCCUAGACCACGCUUACCACGGCCAUUUGCAGUCCGUGAUGGAGAUUUCGCCGUACAAGUUCAAUCAGCCUGGUGGCGAGCCGAAGCCCGAUUAUGUUCAUGUCGCCCCCUCGCCGGACUCGUACGCCGGCCAAUUUACGGACAAGCUCUAUCCGGGCGCCGAUCUGGGUGCUUUGUACGCCCAACCCAUUGCAGAGAUUUGCGAACGCCAGCAGGCCAAGGGCCAGGACGUGGCUGCCUUCAUUGCUGAGAGUCUGCAAAGCUGUGGUGGUCAGAUUUUGCCGCCACCCGGUUACUUCAAGGCCGCCUACGAUGCGGUACGAGCCGCUGGCGGUGUCUGCAUUGCCGAUGAGGUGCAGGUGGGAUUCGGCCGCGUGGGCACCCACUAUUGGGCCUUCGAGACGCAAGAUGUGGUGCCCGACAUCGUGUGCGUGGCCAAGCCCAUGGGCAAUGGUCAUCCGGUGGGCGCAGUCGUAACAACCCCGGAGAUCGCGCAAGCCUUCCACGCCACUGGCGUCGCCUAUUUCAAUACGUAUGGCGGCAAUCCGGUUUCGUGCGCCAUUGCCAAUGCCGUGAUGCGGGUCAUCGAAGAGGAGGGUCUGCAGGAGAACGCCCGCAGACUUGGGGACUACCUGCUGAGGCAGUGCAACGAGCUGAAGUACGAGUUCGACUGCAUUGGCGAUGUGCGCGGCGCUGGACUGUUUGUGGGCAUCGAGCUGGUUAGUGAUCGGGAGGCCCGCACUCCCGACACCAACGGCGCCCAUUGGGUGGUCAACCGGAUGAAGCAGCUCCAUCAUGUGCUCGUCUCCUCAGACGGCCCCAACGACAAUGUUAUCAAGCUAAAGCCGCCCAUGUGCUUCAAUGAGGCGAAUGCCGAUGAGUUUCUGCUCGCCUUCCGGGAGUGUCUGGCCUGCCUCUGCAGGGAUAGGGAGGUGGAGGCGGCCAGCGUUGCUGUGGCGCCUGUGAUGGGCAUGACGAAUGGAGUAAUCGCUACGGCCGCCGAGACGUUGGCGAACAAGACCAAAAUGUUUGAGCGGCAGGAUCGUCUCAUAAAGUCCGUGUGAAGUGGAAAACAAUUUUGUUUCUUUUUUUUUAUUUAUUGAUAUGCGUGUUUAGGUUAUCUCUCUUUUUUUUUAAAUAUCUAUAUAUCUAUAUAUGUAUAGUUGUAGUUCUCCCGAUCGUGUUAGUUUCUAGCGUUAGCAACAAAGUGUUUUUUUCUUUGGCAUUCAAGUUGUAGUUCUACAUAGUGUAUUUAAAUUUUAACAUCUCGAAUUUGUAAGUGCUGGAGCUUUACGAGAAUUUCUUUUAGUUUAAUUCGAUAUAUACAUAAAACUAUCAAAACAGCUAACUAGUAUACAUACAUAUAUACUAUAUACAAAAAUAUAUAUAUUUACAUAUAUACAUACGUACAAAGGUGAAAUAACACAAGAUGUAAA